GGGUUCCUGGAUUCCGGAGGCGCUCAAGGGUUGACAUCGGGCUCCCUUCGCUCCCAACGCCAAGUCUGGAGGGCUCCGGGAAGCCCCUUGGUGCCCAGCCCAGGGCCCCGUGACUAGCCGGCAGGGUUGGUUCGGCCUGGGCUCGCGGCUGUUAACCCCAGGCGGUGGCGCGCCGGCCAGAGGAAGAAUAGACCCUCGCACGGGAUUAGGGUGGCGGGUCAAAGAUCUACCCAGCGCGGUUGGCAUGGGUGACUCUGAUCUGCUCUUCCCGCCCACCUCCGGCCCGCCCCCGGCCAGCGGCCCUGUCCCAUCCCUGGCGUGGCUACCGCCCCUCGGGUCACCCCGCCCCCCUGCCUCUAGGGAGCGCCGUCCGCCAAGGCUCAAGGAGGGGACGAAGGAGCGACCUGCUUCUUGCACAGUGAUUUAAGCCCAAGAGAUGUUUCCAUUAAUUGGAAAAACAAUCAUCUUUGAUAACUUUCCUGAUCCUUCUGAUACAUGGGAAAUCACUGAAACUAUUGGCAAAGGAACAUAUGGGAAAGUUUUUAAAGUGUUGAAUAAGAAAAAUGGCCAAAAAGCAGCAGUCAAAAUUCUGGAUCCAAUUCACGAUAUUGAUGAAGAGAUUGAAGCAGAGUAUAAUAUUUUAAAAGCGCUUUCUGACCAUCCUAAUGUGGUCAAAUUCUAUGGGAUUUAUUUUAAGAAGGAUAAAAUAAAUGGAGAUAAGCUAUGGCUGGUUCUUGAGCUGUGCAAUGGAGGAUCCGUGACUGAUCUUGUGAAAGGAUUUCUGAAGAGGGGUGAAAGAAUGAGUGAGCCUGUAAUUGCCUAUAUUUUACAUGAAGCAUUAAUGGGACUUCAGCAUUUACAUAACAACAAAACUAUCCACCGUGAUAUAAAAGGAAAUAACAUUCUGUUGACUACUGAAGGUGGAGUUAAGCUGGUAGAUUUUGGCGUGUCUGCACAGCUCACCAGCACCCGGCACCGUAGGAACACAUCCGUGGGAACACCAUUUUGGAUGGCUCCUGAGGUGAUUGCAUGUGAGCAGCAAUUAGAUACCACUUACGAUGCCAGAUGUGACACUUGGUCCCUGGGUAUAACUGCCAUUGAGCUGGGUGAUGGAGAUCCUCCGCUGGCUGAGCUGCAUCCCAUGAGAGCACUCUUCAAAAUACCAAGGAAUCCACCUCCAAAACUAAGGCAGCCUGAGCUAUGGUCAGCAGAAUUCAAUGACUUCAUAAGCAAGUGCUUGACUAAAGAUUAUGAAAAGCGCCCAACAGUAUCAGAUCUUUUACAGCAUCAAUUCAUUACUCAAAUCGAAGGCAAAGAUGUGAUGUUACAAAAACAGCUAAUGGAAUUCAUUGACAUUCAUCAUUGCAUGGGAGGCACAGAAAAGGCCAGACAUGAACGUAUUCACACCAAGAAAGGCAACUUAAACAGAUCUCUAAUUUCCCAUCUGAAGGAUGUAGAUGAUUUAGCGACCCUAGAAGUUCUGGAUGAGAAUACAGUCUCAGAGCAGCUUGAAAAGUGUUAUUCGAGAGAUCAGAUCUAUAUCUAUGUGGGAGAUAUACUCAUUGCUCUUAACCCUUUUCAGAAUCUGGGUCUUUACUCUACAAAGCAUUCCAAACUAUAUCUUGGAGCAAAGAGAACUGCCAGCCCUCCUCACGUUUUUGCAAUAGCUGACUUAGGAUAUCAGUCUAUGGUCACAUAUAAUUCAGACCAGUGCAUAGUUAUUUCUGGAGAGAGUGGGGCUGGGAAGACUGAAAGUGCUCAUCUUUUAGUUCAGCAACUGACGGUGCUUGGAAAGGCUAACAACAGAACCCUGCAAGAGAAGAUUUUACAAGUGAACAAUUUGGUAGAAGCCUUUGGCAACGCCUGUACUAUUAUAAAUGACAAUUCCAGCCGAUUUGGGAAAUACUUGGAAAUGAAAUUUACCACUUCUGGAGCUGUAGCGGGAGCACAGAUUUCUGAAUACCUUCUGGAGAAAUCCCGAGUUAUCCACCAAGCCAUUGGAGAAAAAAAUUUUCACAUUUUUUACUACAUUUAUGCUGGUUUAGCUGAAAAGAAGAAACUGGCCCUUUACAAAUUGCCUGAAAAUAAGCCUCCCAGGUACCUAUACAGUGAUCAACUCAGAACAGUACAGGACAUGAUGAAUAAUAGUUUCUAUAAAGCCCAGUAUGAAUUAAUCGAGCAGUGUUUCAAAGUCAUAGGCUUUACAAUGGAGCAACUGGGAAGUGUAUACAGCAUACUCGCUGCCAUCUUAAAUGUUGGAAACAUUGAAUUUUCUUCUGUGGCCACUGAACACCAGAUUGACAAAAGCUACAUUUGCAAUCAUGCAGCUCUGGAGAACUCUGCCUCUUUGCUUUGCAUUCAGGCAGAUGAGCUGCAGGAUGCUCUCACCUCCCACUGUGUGAUCACAAGAGGAGAAACAAUUAUCCGACCCAACACUGUAGAAAAAGCUUCUGAUGUCAGAGAUGCCAUGGCUAAAACUUUAUAUGGGCGUCUCUUCAGUUGGAUAGUCAAUCGCAUUAACAGUUUGUUGAAGCAUGAUACCUUGCCAAGUGGGAAUGGUGAUGAGCUGAGCAUCGGCAUACUUGAUAUAUUUGGCUUUGAAAAUUUCAGAAAAAAUUCCUUUGAGCAGCUGUGCAUUAACAUUGCAAAUGAACAAAUUCAGUAUUAUUUUAAUCAACAUGUGUUCACAUGGGAACAGAAUGAAUACCUAAACGAAGAUGUUGAUGCUAGAGUUAUUGAAUAUGAAGAUAACCGGCCCCUCUUAGAUAUGUUCCUGCAGAAGCCAAUGGGUUUACUUUCCCUACUUGAUGAAGAAAGUAGAUUUCCCAAGGCCACGGACCAGACCCUUAUAGAAAAAUUUGAGGGUAACCUGAAAUCACAGUACUUCUGGAGACCCAAAAGAAUGGAACUUAGUUUUGGAAUUCACCAUUAUGCAGGAAAGGUCCUCUAUAGUGCAAGUGGGUUCUUAGCUAAAAAUAGAGACACUCUGCCAACUGACAUUGUGCUACUUUUGAGGUCAUCAGAAAACAGUGUAAUUCGGCAACUAGUUCACCACCCUCUCACAAAAACAGGUAACCUGCCACUCUCUAAAACUAAAAAUAUAAUAAACUAUAAAAUGAGGACUUCAGAAAAAUCAGUUAACCUGACAAAGGGUGAAACUGGAGAAGCCACACCUCAUGCCUGUGAAACAACCAACAUGAAAACACAAACAGUUGCAUCGUAUUUUCGAUAUUCCCUGAUGGAUUUGUUAUCUAAAAUGGUGGUGGGCCAGCCUCAUUUUGUCCGUUGCAUCAAACCAAAUAAUGAGCGGCAGGCAAGAAAAUAUGACAAAGAGAAGGUUCUGCUACAGCUUCGCUACACAGGAAUUCUGGAAACAGCAAGAAUCCGAAGACUGGGAUACUCACAUAGGAUACUUUUUGCUAACUUCAUAAAGCGGUACUAUGUUCUCUGCUACAAGUCCAGUGAAGAGCCCCCCGUGAGCCCUGACACCUGUGCCACCAUUUUGGAAAAAGCUGGCCUUGAUAACUGGGCUCUUGGAAAAACAAAAGUAACACUUCAUGUGUUCCUUAAAUAUUAUCAUGUGGAACAGUUAAAUCUAAUGCGGAAAGAAGCCAUUGACAAGCUCAUUUUGAUUCAAGCCUGUGUCAGAGCAUUCUUGGCUUCAAGAAGAUACCAAAAAAUACAACAGAAAAGGAAAGAAAGUGCUAUAAUAAUUCAGUCAGCUGCAAGAGGACAUCUAGCCAGGAAACAAAGAAAAGAAAUGGUUGACAUGAAAAACACAGCAGGAGCAACCAUCCAGAUGUGUGAUCAAGGACUUGACUACAAGAAAAACUUUGAAAAUAAGAGGGAAUCUUUUGUGAAGAAACGGACAGAAAAUUUAGUAUCUACUAAUGAAACUCUGAUUCCAGAUUUAAAUAGUAAAGGGAGUCCUUUGAUAGGGAAGGCUUCUACUUUCAAAACCAAAGGGGAAGCCACCAAUGCUGUUGAGAGUAACAACAGAGGAUAUCAAACUCAGCAAAAAGUGAAUAAUGUGUAUGGAGAAAAGGCUGAUCAAGAACUGUACCUCAUCGGGCACCCCUGGGCAGAAGAAGUAAGCCCCAAACAGAAGUAUAUCAAAGACCAAGAAGAAAACAAAAUAAAGACAAGGGAGGAAAACACUGUGAUCCAGAGUCAUUAUCAGAGGUACACUCAAGAAAGGAAUUUUGAAGAAUCCAAAGCAGCAUAUCUGGGAAAGGGGAUCCCAUCAGAAGGGCCAUGCGACCCAGGACUUUGGUUAGCUGAGAAUGAGAAUUCCUUUAAAAAGACUUGGGAACCUACUCUUAACCAAAGGUCAGUUUCUCAAAAUGCACAUCAUAGCAAAGAAAAAGAAAAGACUUCAGUAGUUACCCAGAAUUCAUCUGUGUACAGCCAGGAGAGAGGCCAUCAGAGAUACCAGGCAGUCAAAGAGAGGCCCGUUGAACCAAUGAUACAGGACCAGGAAGAAAGCAAAGCUGCUGUGUUCACUCAGAACAAAUAUGGGGGAUUUAUGCAAAGGCAGCAACUAGGGGAGGGCAGGGUGUCUCCUUCUUUUAAUAAUGAAAAGGUUCUGGCAACACCAGCAGAAGUAACAAGAAACACCUACAAUGUGUAUUCCUGUCCCUCAAAACAUGAGGAAACCCCCAAUAUCAAGAUGAAGGAUGACAGACACUCAAAAGCAACUUCAGAAAAAGAAGCCUGUGAUUUGGCAAUAUUUUCAAAACAGAUAUCAAAGUUAUCUGAAGAAUAUUUCAUUCUGCAGAAAAAAAUGAAUGAAAUGAUUUUGUCACAGCAACUGAAGCCACUUUAUCUGGGUGUUGAUCCUUGUAAGUCAAUUAAUGGAACGGUUUCUUCUCAGCAGUGCCUCUCAGAUAUCUCUCAAGGAAAAGACCCAAAAAUAUUGAGACCCCCAAGACGACCCCGGAAACCCAAAACAUUAAAUAACCCCGAAGAUUCCACAUACUAUUAUCUACUACAUAAGCAGCCUUUAAUGUCAUAUCCGCAUCUCGUGGUUCAGGAUUCCAAGACACAGAAGUCAAUCCAAGAAGAGAAACGAAGACCAAGGAAAGACAGUCAGGGAAAAUUAUUAGAUUUGGAAGAUUUCUAUUAUAAGGAAUUUUUGCCCAGUCAUUCUGGACCAAAGUACCAUGACCCUAACUUAAGAGAAUCAAGACAACAGCAGGAACUCCAGAGUCAAUGCUUUAUGGCUAAUGAAAGGUAAUAAACUACAUUUUAAAAUAUAGCAUGUUCAACUUUAUGCUCACAAUACUGUUUUUUUAGCAACUUCACUUUACUUAUGGGCUAAUGACAAAGUGGUUUUACUGAAUAUUGCUUCUCACAAGGGAUACAAUGUUUAAAGAUAAAAAUGUUGCAGUAGCAUAAUCAAACGAUCUUCAUUUUCUUAGCAAAAUCCCAGUUUAUUCCUGUUUGUAUACCUGUUUUCUUGGUCUAA